AUGAAGCUCGUUGUUGCUGGCUCAACCGGCUUUGUCGGUACUGAAGUCAUCCGGCAAGCCGUCUCGCAUCCCUCCGUGAAUACGAUCGUCGCUCUCGCGCGUCGGCCUACUCCCGCGCCUGAGAACGCUGGUCCUGGCGCUGAUGUCUCAAAGAUCAAGUCUGUUGUAUGCGAGGACUUUGAGAACUACCCGGAGAGCGUGAAGAAGGAGAUCGCUGGUGCUGACGCUUGCAUAUGGCUCAUCGCUAUAACCCCGGGCAAACUCAAGACUAUGCCAUUUGAGCAGACACGAAAAAUCUGCCUCGACUACACUGCCAAGGGUCUCGAGGCGAUGGCUGCAACCAGUAACAAGCCCUUUCGGUUCAUCUACACUAGCGGCGCCAAAGCCGAAAGAGAUCAGAGCAAGAAACCAUGGAUUUUGGGUGACUACAGCUUAAUGCGGGGCCAAGUCGAGUCUCAUGUGCUCAACUAUGCAAAGCAGUCUGCGGGUGCUGUGCAAGCCUGUAUAACUCGGCCAGGUAUAAUCAGUGCUCCCGGUCGCAUGGGAAUAGGAAUGACCGUUCUAUCAACAAUCGGCCGUAGCAUCAUCGGCCUGCCCAAAGUUGAGGUGAGCGAGAUAGCUACAACAAUGAUAGAGCAAGCAGUCAAUGGAAUCGAGAAGGAGACUUUACUCAACGAGGACUUGGUCAGGAUUGGGCAAAAGACACUAGCAGAGCAGGGGAAAAGUUCUUGA